CUGCAUCAGAAUGGGUUAGUAGAGCCAGUCCACAGUUUACAGAGUCGUAGGGAGUAGCGGGUGGCGAGAGUGUCCACACCCACCCCCACUAAAUUGAUUCAUGCAGACGCACGAUGCCCGAGACAACUGAGACAAAACAUCGAAGUCUUCGCUUCCCUGUCUUUUUUCUCACCUUUCCUGUCUCUUUUUUCAGUGCCCAGAGCAGUCGCACCUCUCUAUGGUCACUACACUGCUCUGAAACUCCCAACUCGUCACGCAUUCUUCAUUUCUGGGACACUACCAUUGUGAGAGCCUUGUGAGUGUGACCGAUUGGAUGAUCAACUAUGAAGAGAAGGCGUUUAUAUGAGCCCAAACAUCCAUUUAAUGCUUAUCCCUUUGAGGCACUUAGCUGUGGCUCAUGGAAAGCCGUGGAAAUCAUACAAAUCAAGGAUGCAGCUAUGAACCUUCACUUCAUGGAUGGUCAGCAUGUGAUUGAGGAGAAAGGUCCAAUUGCAAACCUCCGUGUAAGGUCGAGGCAAGCUAUAGUAUCCGACUGCACCUGCUUUUUGAGACCUGGGGUUGAUGUUUGUGUGCUUUCGCCCCCUCGUAAAACAGAAAAUUCAGAGAGAGGAAAAUUAGAACCUGUAAAGAAAGAAAGUUUAGACCCUGUGUGGACUGAUGCUAAAAUAAGUACCAUAGAGAGGAUGCCGCAUGUAUCUCACUGCUCUUGCCGGUUCUUUGUUCAUUUCUAUACUAAUCAAGGUCCUCUAGGUUCGGAGAGGGGAACACUUACUAAGGACACUGAAGAAGUUGGCAUCAAUCAAAUUUCUAUCUUUCAAAAGCUUGAACAAAAUGCCUGUGAAGAUGAGUUUUACCGUUGGAGUUCAUCAGAGGAUUGCUCUAUGGUUCAAAGAACAAAAUUGCUGUUGGGGAAAUUCUUAUCUGAUCUAACAUGGCUGCUUGCUGUAUCUGCUUUGAAGAAUGUCACCUUUGAGGUAAGAUCAAAGCAAAAUAAGAUUGUCUAUCAAAUCGUGGGCAUCGAAGAUGAAUGUUGUUCACCAAACUCUGAUAAUCACCUUCAUACUAUGAAUUUCAAAGUAGAGAAUGAUGUUUUAACACCUAUCAUGUUUAAAUAUGUUCCCCUUAGUGCCAUUACGGCAAGUCCUGCUAGUGAUAUGCUUGAAGCUGGACCGUUGACAUACUUUGAUGUUCAUAGCUUGAGGCGCUCUAAACGUCGACAAGUACAGCCUGAUCGUUUCCUUGGCUGUGAUGUUCCUUCAGAGUUGGAAAUUGGCAUUGUUCGAACACUGCCAUACAAGACUGGGAAAUAUAUAGAAGAGGAAGAAUUGGUUUUUUCCUCACCACGCAUGUUCAGUAUAAAUUCAAGUAUUUCACCGGAGCCCGCUCAGCAUGGACUGAAGGUCCAUUCUCCUGUGUUAAAUCCCUGUAAGGAUCUAAUAGUGUACCAACGCAGGAACAAAUCGACAAAAGUGACAUCAGGUUCUGCUAAUGAAGGAGAACAUCACAUUCCACUUGCAAUUGUUCCUGCUCCUAAUGAAAUUCAUCUACUAGCCCUCAAAAUUGAUCAUCUUGAGACCAAGAUCCCUGAAAAUGAUACAAGACAGGUUGAUGAAAUUCCAUUGAAGAAAUCUAAUACAAAGGGUGCCCCUGUUGUGCAGAGGAAGAAUAAUGUUUCAAAAUUGAAAAACAAGAGGUCUAAGAGUAGAUUGGAAGAAAAUGCUUCUCAGUCAAAUCCUCAAAGUAGAAAAUAUUCUUCGGUGCAGUCAAGAGGGGACGAUAAUUCAGAAUUGGAAGAUAUGGUGUCUGAAAGUAAAUGGAAGGGAAAAGCUUCUCAGUCGAAUUUUCAGAGUAGAAGAUAUUCCUCUGUGCAGUCAAAAAGAGAUGAUUACUCAGAACCAUUUGCUUUUAGGAGAAACACUUUAAGCGAUGGCGCUUACAAUAAAAUAAUUAAUUCAUACAUGAAGAAUAUUGAUUCCUCAAAAACAGAAGAGCCUCGUAAACUUGAUGAGUGCAAAGAGAUAACAGGAAACUGCUCAGAACAGAGGAAGGAAAUGGACUCUCCUGAAGAAGAAGAAGAGGAAGUCUCAGAAACAGAAAUGUUAUGGAAAGAAAUGGAAAUGGCCAUGGCAUCAGCUUAUGUUCUCGAGGACAAUGAGGUUUCAAGUGUUGCAAGGUCCACCAAGUCUGCAGAAGAAGCACCUGAAGGUUGCCGGCACUAUUACAUAUUGGAUGAAGAAGUUGGAAUACUUUGCCGGUUAUGUGGUACCGUGAAGACUGAAAUAAAAUAUGUUACCCCGCCUUUUCUGGAAAAUGCAGGCUGUACCGCUAGGCCAUUCAAUGAAGAAGCCGCAGAGCAUAUGCAAGUUGAGGAUGAAGACUUGGAUUUUGUCUGCAAUGAUGGUUCGCCUGAUACGAUUUCACCAGAGAAUAAGGAUAAUGUCUGGGCUUUAAUCCCCGAGCUUGGAAAGAAGUUACGCUCACAUCAGAAAAAAGCUUUUGAAUUUCUGUGGGAAAACAUUGCCGGUUCUUUGAUGCCUGCACAAAUGGAACAAGCAUCCAAGAAACCUGCAUCCAAGAAGAAGAUAGGUGGUUGUGUUAUAUCUCAUUCUCCUGGAGCCGGAAAAACUUUUCUGAUCAUUGCAUUCCUCGUCAGCUACUUGAAGUUAUUCCCGGGUGCAAAGCCUUUAGUCCUUGCCCCAAAGACAACUCUCUAUACCUGGUACAAGGAAUUUAUCAAGUGGGAAAUUCCUAUACCAGUUCAUCUAAUCCAUGGCCGUAGAACCUACAGAGUCUUUAAGAGUAAAAAAGUAACAAUUCGAGGAGGUCCGAAGCCCAGUCUAGAUGUUAUGCAUGUUAUAGAUUGCCUUGAUAAAAUACAAAAGUGGCAUGAACAACCCAGUGUCCUUGUCAUGGGCUAUACUUCUUUCCUAUCAUUAAUGCGAGAAAAUUCUAAAUUUGCGCACAGAAGAUAUAUGGCCAAAGUGCUGAGAGAAAGUCCUGGCCUCUUGGUGCUGGAUGAAGGUCACAACCCCAGGAGUACAAAAUCAAGAUUGAGGAAGGCUUUGAUGAAGGUCGAAACUGACCUGAGAGUGUUGCUUUCAGGUACAUUAUUUCAAAACAAUUUCUGUGAAUAUUUCAACACACUUUGCUUGGCAAGACCCAAGUUUGUCAAUGAAGUGUUGAAACGUGACCCGAAAUACAAGAGGAGGAAGAAGGGUUCAAAAAAGGCAUUCCAUUUGUUAGAAUCAAGGGCAAGGAAGUUCUUCAUAGACAACAUUGGGAAGAAAAUUGAUUCAAGUGGAGGUGAUGAUAGAAUCGAGGGAAUAAACAUGCUAAGAAACCUGACUAGUGGAUUUAUUGAUGUACACGAAAAUGCCAAUUCAGAAAAUCUUCCCGGUUUACAACUUUACACCUUGCUGAUGAAUUCAACAGAAAUACAGCAGGGAGUAGUGUCAAAACUUCAGACCAUUAUGGAUUCAUUCAAGGGUUAUCCACUUGAAUUGGAGCUUCUGAUAACUCUUGCAUCCAUUCAUCCUUCGUUGGUUAGAACUUCAAAUUGUGCCAAGAAAUUUUUUACCCCAGAAGAAUUAGUUAAGCUUGAGGAGCUGAAGCUUGACUUCAGGAAAGGUUCUAAGGUGAUGUUUGUUCUGAAUCUUGUUUAUCGUGUCAUCCAGAAGGAGAAGGUUCUGAUAUUCUGCCACAACAUUGCACCCAUCAACUUAUUUGUAGGAUUGUUUGAGAGAAUUUUUCAGUGGCAGAAGGGAAGAGAAGUUUUGGUCCUCACAGGGGAUUUAGAGCUAUUUGAUAGAGGACAAGUGAUGGAUAGGUUUGAGGUAGCUGGAGGGCCGUCAAGGGUCCUGCUUGCUUCAAUUACAGCUUGUUGUGAAGGCAUUAGUUUGACAGCGGCUUCACGGGUGAUUAUGUUGGAUUCAGAGUGGAAUCCUUCCAAGACAAAGCAGGCUAUUGCACGGGCUUUCCGGCCUGGUCAGCAAAAAAUGGUUUUUGUAUAUCAGCUCUUGGCAACGGGUUCACUUGAAGAAGAUAAGUACCGUAGAACAACCUGGAAGGAAUGGGUAUCAAGCAUGAUCUUUAGUGAGGAAUUUGUUGAGGACCCUUCCAAAUGGCAAGCAGAAAAAAUUGAAGAUGAUGUUUUAAGGGAGAUGGUGGAGGAGGACAGGGCUAAGUCUUUUAAUAUGAUAAUGAAAAACGAGAAAGCUUCAACCAGUGGAUCAGCGACUAGGAUCGUACAAUAAUGAAAAAGUCUAUAAAACUGCCCAAUUCGUGUCACAGGGCCAAAAAUGCUGCAUAUGUUUUCUUUUGAAGCUGAAAGAUCUAUGCAACAUAAAUAACCAGAAACUGAUAUUGGAAUCUUCUUUUAUUAUGUCUUUAGUUUUAAUUUCUUGUUAUUAUAAUCAGUAUGGAUAUAUAAACAUACUGUUGCUUCUCUUGUUUAUUUUCCAUUGCAUAAAUAAGCAGACUGUAGCUUUUUCUAAAUGUUCUUGAUCCUACCAUUUACAUAUUCAAGAGCCUGGGAAGGUUUGUGUAUGUUAUAAA